CAUUUUAGAAGACAAUGAUUUUACUGUCUCUUUUCAUACUACACAUCCAUGUCUCAUCGGCAGAAGAACUGAACACAUUUUGAUACACAGUUUUUCUUAUUUUAAAGGAUUUCUUCACAACUUUCCGGUUCCUUAGCCUCCAGCUUAGCUUCUAGAUCUAAUCUCAUUUCUUUGAACCAGCAUCCAUCGUGUCUUACCGUCACUGACAUUGGACAACAUCUCACAUGGCAGGUUUUCAGACCACUCCAUGGAGGUUGAUUUCUGGAGUUUUAGGAGUAAUAUGCCUUUUGUUGAUGGCGGCUUUGGGAGUUUUGUUGAAAAAUUCACUUACUAAACAAAGUGUUCAGCUUGGACCCUCCACAGAGCUCAGCGAAGGGUCGUCCCAGCGCACCAGCCCUGAGGGCCCUUUCUCAUGCAUCGAACCUGGACUGGCGAUCGAUUUCACAUAUGAAUCUGGCUGCUAUUCUUGCCAAGAAAAGUGGAUUGGCUACCAAAGCAACUGUUAUUUCAUUUCUAAUGAAUUAAAAACAUGGAAAGACAGUAGGGAUUUUUGUGUUUCUCAUAAUUCCAGUCUACUUCAGAUACAAACCAGAAAUGAACUGGAUUUUAUGAAGUUCAGUACCAGUUAUUACUGGAUUGGACUUUCUUACAGUGAAGAACAUCAUGCCUGGUUGUGGGAGGACAAUUCUACUCUCUCCCAAGAUCUAGUUCAUUUAUUUCACACUGUAAAUCCAAAGAACUGCAUAAUGUAUAGCCCAAGCGGAAGUGCUCUGGAUGAAGACUGUGAAAGCACAUAUAGUUACAUCUGUAAGCAACAGUUUAUUUAGGUGUUUCUUGGGGCAGAAGUAUUAUGCAAUGAAGAUUUACUUAGAAUGGCAGCAUAUUAUUGUUAUCUAUUUCUGGGAUCUGUAAAGUGUUUCAAAUUGUGUCUUAUCAAUCAAAUAAUUUUCAUAUAUUUGAAAACAUAUGCUUAAAUUUUUUUAUCAAUACAUGAUUGAUAUAUAAAUUAUAUUGGUUUUAGGUAUACAACAUAGCAAUAACUAGACAAUAAGUCUAAUUAACAUUUAUCAUUGUUAUAAUUACAAUUUUUUUUAGUUACAAUUUUUAAAUUUUGCAAUGUGUUUUAAAAUUGAUGAAACUUGUGUACCUACACUGAAAUUAUAGAGUCAAGAUAAAUAAUUUCAUGAAUAUUUAAUGUAUAUGGUCAACUGUGAAUUUCAUAACUUAUACAUCUAUUCUUAGAAAUUCUCUCUGCUGAAAUUUAAAUAAAAACUAAUUUCUACCAAAUAAUAUAUAUCAAAAUCAUAUCAAUCUUUUGUAUGGCCUACUAGGUUGAAAAUUCCCAUCCUGAUCUCUUUUUUCUGGAAGCAAAAAUAGCUUUAAUGCUCUUUUUAAAUUCUUCCUGGAUAUCCAUGCAUUUAUAUCUUCUAAUUUAGAUCUGCAGUUGCAUUAUAAUAGUUUCUUCCUGUGCAUCCCAGGGUUCAGAGGGUUUCACAUUUGUGUGUCUUCUCUUGAUGUUACAAAGUUCCACAUAAGACUUGGAAGUCUCUGCCCAAGUAUGUAGUCUCACAGAUGACUUUCAUAUUUUGGUAAAGGAAAGGUAAUCUAAGCCCUGAUCACAUAAAUCUAGAGUCUCGUUUUGCUCCAUAGAUCUUUCUUGCCUUAUGCUUAUCUAUC